UGCAGUGGCCGCUAGGGGCGCAGAACAGACAGCGACUGAGUGAGGGUUUGCCUGCUACAAGAACUACAACAAGGAGUCAGUACUCAGUAGUCAGUUCAGUUGAGGAGUUGACUGUUGACUGUUGAAAUCAUUCCAGUAGGGCACUAAUAACAUUGUGUCAGUGCCAGAAGUUGAAGUCUAAACCGGUCUUGCAGUAGCCAGCAGCUGAGUUGAUGUUGCUUCUUGGACCGCUGUUAUCAGUCAGCUGUUUCUAGUGAUAGGAGUGCGCAAGUUUUUUUUAACCGAGCACCCAUCAGAGAUUCGUUUUGAGUCGCUUACCUGCCAACUCUUGGUUUACGUUGGAUAGAGCCACGCAUAUAGCGUUCAAUUGGGAAGAGCGAACCUCAUCGCCUGGCUCAAGAGGAAGAUUACUGGGAGAGUUGAGAGUGACACAGUCUCAGCCGCUCAAAGCUGAAACACUGACAACUGAUCACUCAAGCUCCAAGUCUUGGCCUGACAUACGGUAGGCCUACACUCCACGAUCAACACUCGUCUGAAUGACAUAAAACUUGAAAAAAGCAGAUAGCCUACAAACUCUCAUUCAAAAUGACAGAUACAUCUGAUUUCACAUUCUAUCAACGGAUGACGCUGUAUGCAGCUGCGGCUUGCUUUGCUGACACAGUCACAUUUCCUCUGGAUUUGGCAAAAGUUCGAUUGCAGGUCCAAAGUGGAGCAAAAGGAAGUGGCUUGAAGUACAAAAGUCUUCUUCACACAAUCCAAACUGUUGCUAAGGAAGAAGGACCCAGGGCCUUGUACAAAGGUUUGGUUCCCGGCCUCCAAAGGCAAAUGUGCUUUGCAUCAGUCAAGUUUGGACUUUACGACUCAGUUAAGGACUUCUACCUGGGAUUACUUCAUGGUUCAUCAAAUUCAUCAGAAUCAUUAGCAUCAUUGUUGUUCACAUCACAAUCAUCAGAAAUAAUUGCAUCACCUCAUUCAUUCAUAGUAAUAAAAAAAGCCGAAGAAGGGUCAAAUGUGAUGGUAAGGAUAGCGGCAGGUUUGACAACAGGAUUCAUGGCAGUAUUCAUCGCUCAACCGACAGAUGUUAUCAAAAUCAGAUUUCAAGCGUCACAAGGAGUCUUCGGGGAGCACAGGUCUGUCGCCAAGGAGUACGCGAAUAUUCUGAAACAGGAAGGUGUGGCAGGACUAUGGAAAGGAACAACGCCGAAUUGUCUGAGAAAUGGGUUCAUAAAUUGUGGUGAAAUAGUCGUUUACGAUUCUGUCAAAGAUUUCUUCAUCAAGAAACAGAUAAUGAAUGACAAUGUCUAUUGUCAUUUCACCUCAGGAGCUAUUGCAGGAUUCUGUGCAACGGUCAUCGCCUCCCCAUUUGAUGUGAUCAAAACAAGAUACAUGAGCGCUGCCAAGGGAGAGUACAGCAGUGUGACACACGUCGCCAUGGAAACCUUGAAAGAAGGUCCUCUUGCCUUCUACAAAGGAUUCUUUCCAUCGUUCUACAGGAUAGCGACAUGGAACAUUGUGCUUUGGAUCUCGUUUGAGCAGUUGAAAAUCUUGACGAGGAAAGUGAGAGAAUCAGGGGUUGUUGAGAGUUCCAUAGUUAGGCCUAUCCACGCCCAAUCAAAAAUUACAAGUCACGAUGAGUGAAAAAAAUUUAAAGACUGGAAGACAAGAGAGCAGUGAGAUAAAAGCACUGUUUAAUUUUUAAAUAAUUAUUUUUUAUCUUGUGAUAGACCAAAAGGGAGGACUGUGCAUUCAUAAGCAAUGAUUGAGCCAUUUUGGUCAAAUGAUUAUUAUAUUUUUAACAUUGUGAACAUUCAUAAAGUAUUACUCCAGGUUUUGUAUUUUGUAUAUUGUAAAUAGGCGACUAGAUCCUUGACAAAAUAUGAGACGUUAUUUAUUUUUGUGUGCCAAGUAUGUCUAGAGAUUAAUUUGUAUAAAAUGUAGUUUUAUAACUUAAGAAUAAAAUUAUUUUCAAACAUA